AUGAACAACCAAUAUAAGUUACCACUUUACACAGCCCAAAGCAGCCCUGCAAUGGGUAUGUUUAAUACCUCCAUGGGGAAACUGCAGCAACAACUGUAUAAGGGGGAGUAUACUAUAUUCAAAUAUGCCCCAAUGUUUGAGAGUGACUUUAUACAGGUCAGUAAAAAAGGAGAAGUGAUUGACGUGCACAACCGUGCCCAAAUGGUGACCGUGGGCAUCGUUCGCACUAGCCCCCACCUCACACUACCUGAUGUCAUGCUGCUGGCCCGACCAGCUGCUAUCUGUGAUGACUAUAACAGAUAUGGCCCUGCCACCCAGGGAAAAAAUUACAAGUCUACACAGAUCUUAGAGCUAACCAGACUGUUUCCCUUGAAGUUUGUAACAAUAUCCAUCCAUAAUGGUAAAAAACAACAGCUCCGCCUGAAGCUUGCCACUGGCCGCUCUUUUUACCUUCAGCUGUGUCCCCCUUCUAAUACAAAAGAUCUUUUUGUUUAUUGGGAAAACCUUGUUUACAUUUUGAGACCACCAGUAGAGGCUUACAGUGGUUCCCAGGCCAUCCCAGUUGGAGACACACUGGACAUAAGUGGGUUUGAAGAGGAGGACAAGAGCCCAGCGGUAAGUCUUCACAGAGACUCUAAAAGAUGGGGCCAGGGUGCUGUGGGAGAACAGCUAAAAGUCCUGCAGAGCCUUUGCAAGGGCUGCAAGCCCUUCUUCUACUCAGAGGUUAUUUCCAGCACAUCAGUAGGAGUUACUGGCCUCUUCCCAGAGGGCAGCAUAAAUAUGGUGAUUCCAAGAGCAGAAACUACUGGCAAGCCCACUGCAAAAACAGCUAACAGCUCAGUAUUGGGACCCCUCAUUACAACCUUGCAGAGUGACGCCUACAUGAGUGACCAGGACGGAAGCCAGAGGUCUCCACCCAGCAGGACUGACUUUUUAGGAAAGAGUUUCAGAGCCCUGUACUGCACAUGGUGCAGAGGUGGGUAUAUCGUAUAG